AUGGUUCAAGGUGGUGUGGUGGAAAUCCCCCCCGACUUUGUUCCUUUGGAACAUGUUUGUCGGGCCAUGAAGAAUGCGGACUGCCGCACUCCGGUUAUUUUUUUCUACGAAGACGGUGACCCGUUCCUUUCUCUCUGCAAAAUUGCCAAGGAGGUGCAAUCUGUCGUGUGGCACUUUGAUCUUGCGCUCGUGAAAAGCAUUCAAAACGCCAUGGACUACGUCGAUGUGGGGACCCAAAAUGGGGACUGGGUGUUUAUCACCCACUGUGAGGAGGCCGAGCAGAACCUCUUCCGCGACAUCGCACUUAGGGUUUUCCUCCUGAAGCCGGAACCGAAGAAGUACCCUCGACGAGAAUUUUUUCGGUGUUUGUUUUGUGUUGAUAAGGCCUUUGAUAUUGAGGGCACCGCAAAGUUGCCUUUUCCCCCGGUCAUACUCAAAAACUCCAUCAUUGCAAGGCGCAUCGGCGAGCACUCCUCGAAGUGGUCCGUUAAGCUCCCCUCGGACGCCAAGUACCGGGAAAUUGAGGCAUUAAAGCGCGAGCGACGUCGCGAGGCCGGUCGCGACAGCGACAGCGAAACGGACUUGAGCGAAGACGACAGGUUGUCUGGUAUGUGGUUCCACCGGGCCGUGGAACUAAGCAAGGCGGUGGAUGACUCCCCGUUAACCAGGGCGGAGGAAGAAAUGCAAACGGCUUUGGAUGAGGAGGAUGUUGAGACCAUCAAGCGCCUUAUCACAGAUGGAAAGAUUGAGGUGUCGAAGAUCAUCAAGUGCGGCAUGACGCCGCUUCAGUAUGCAUGCUCGACUGAAAAGGUCAAGGCUGCGAAGUGUCUGCUUGACUGCGGCGCCGACCCCAACCAGCCGCGUCAAAGUGAUGGGUGUCCUCCCAUAUUUAUGGCCCUCGAAGACGCGUCGCUUGUGGAGGCUUUGGUAAAACAUGGCGCGGACUUGUUUAUGACAUACCAGGGGUGGCGGAUAGACGCCCACCCCGACACUUCGCCGCAAAUAGCGCGAAUGACAAGAAGAAUGAGAGCGAACAUGUAA